AUGUCUGGCGCCACUGCUGAUCUCGGCCUCAUUGGCCUGGCCGUCAUGGGUCAGAACUUGAUUCUGAACAUGGCCGACCACGGCUUCACCAUCUGCGCCUUCAACCGAACCGUUUCCAAGGUAGACCACUUCCUGGCCAACGAGGCCAAGGGCAAGUCCAUCAUCGGUGCCCACUCCACCGAGGAGUUCAUUUCCAAGCUCAAGAAGCCCCGUCGUGUCAUGCUGCUCGUCCAGGCCGGCAAGGCUGUCGACGACUGGAUCGAGAACGUGCUCCCUCUCCUCGAGAAGGGCGACAUCAUCAUUGACGGUGGCAACUCUCACUUCCCUGACUCCAACCGCCGAACCCAAUACCUGAACGGUAAGGGCAUCCGGUUCGUCGGCUCCGGUGUAUCCGGUGGUGAGGAGGGUGCUCGAUACGGUCCCUCCAUUAUGCCCGGUGGUAACGAGGAGGCGUGGCCCCAUAUCAAGGACAUCUUCCAGAGCAUCUCCGCCAAGAGUGGUGACGAGCCUUGCUGUGAGUGGGUUGGUGACGAGGGUGCUGGUCACUACGUCAAGAUGGUACACAACGGUAUUGAGUACGGUGACAUGCAACUUAUCUGCGAGGCAUACGAUAUCAUGAAGCGUGGUCUCGGUAUGACCAACAAGGAGAUGGGCGACGUUUUCGCCAAGUGGAACAAGGGCGUGUUGGAUUCCUUCCUCAUCGAGAUCACCCGGGACAUCAUGUACUACAACGAUGAUGACGGAACCGCACUGGUCGAGAAGAUCCUGGACCAGGCUGGUCAGAAGGGUACUGGCAAGUGGACCGCCAUCAACGCUCUGGACCUCGGAAUGCCUGUCACCCUGAUUGCCGAAUCUGUGCUCGCCCGUUGCCUGUCUUCUCUCAAGUCCGAGCGAGUAACCGCGUCGAAGAAACUCCAGUACAUUGCCCGUUCGACCAAGUUCGAGGGUGACAAGGAGCAGUUCCUUGACGACCUCGAGCAAGCUCUGUACGCGUCCAAGAUCAUCUCGUAUGCUCAGGGUUUCAUGUUGAUGCAAGAUGCUGCCAAGCAAUACGGCUGGAAGCUCAACAAGCCCUCGAUCGCUCUGAUGUGGCGUGGAGGUUGCAUUAUUCGCUCCGUCUUCUUGAAGGACAUCACCUCUGCGUACAGGGAAACACCCGAUCUCGAGAACUUGUUGUUCAAUGACUUUUUCAACAAGGCCAUCAACAAGGCGCAACCUGGCUGGAGAGAUGUCAUCGGCAAGGCCGCGGCGCUGGGUAUCCCAACGCCGUGUUUCUCGACGGCGCUCAACUGGUUCGACGGCUACCGCACCGAGGACCUGCCGGCCAACCUACUCCAGGCCCAACGUGACUACUUCGGUGCGCACACCUUCCAGAUCAAGCCCAAGGCUGCCAACGAGAAGUACCCCGAAGGAAAAUACAACCACGUCAACUGGACUGGACGUGGAGGCAAUGUUUCUGCUUCCACAUACCAAGCAUAA